UUAUUUUUUCAAAAUUUUAUUGUAUUGUACAUUUUUUUCUGUGAUACUUAAGAAUUUUAUUAUGGCGUCACCAAAAGAAACCAAAACCGAUGGGUGCGGCAAAUUCAGGAGAUGGUACAAGAGUCGGCGCUGCCAACUGUGGAGGUUACUGCUACUGCCAUUCAUCCCGAUCCUGGCGCUGAUAGUCCAGACCACACUAUCUUUGCGCAGCAGUCUCACAAAUGGGAGAGAAGUCGCUGAUGUUGAAGAACAGGUUAGCAGAGCUACAGAACUUGGAAAACUUGUCACAAGAUUUCAACAAGAGAGGUCGGAAGUGGCCUUUUUUAUCUUCACCAAUGGCAGUACUUUAAGGUCAAAUCUAUGGCAACGGUUCUCUGAAACGGAUAAUGCUAUACACCAGAUGGGCGAACUCCCGCUGUUAUCAUUCAAGACUCGUGCUAAGCCAGUUGAUGGAAGGAUGUUCAUGACUGAGCUGAAAGAACUUAGAGCAAGUAUUAACGACGGUACGUCCAUGACGGAGGCGGUGGAAUGGUACACGAACGCCAACGCAGCAUUUCUCAGUCAUCUCACCAAAGAAAUUAAAGAUACAGACAGUAGCACCAUAUGGAGAUAUUUGAUGGGCUUCAAAAACUUGUUACGCAGUAUAGAGUGCAAAGGCAUCGCUUCAGUACUGGGAAUUAAUUACUUCGCACGUGGCUCUCUGCAACCUAGAUCACAUGAACGAUAUAUAGCACACAUGGUACUGGGAAGAGAUCUGUUGGACAACACACUGAACCUGGUACCCUCACUCAUACCACUGCACAAGGACAUCAAAGAAGACAGCCCCGAGUACCAAGUUUUGGAAAAGAAAAAUCAACAAAUUGUGGACAACAAACACGAGAACGGUAGCGUGGCAGAUGCUAUUGAAUAUUUCGACCAAACCGCUACACUUCUGGAUAAAUUAAGAGCUGUGCAGAAACAGCUAAGAGAAUAUAUUAGAGAGGGUGUGACAGAGAGUCUCCGGGAGGCCAGACGUAGCGAGGCUGUGUGUGCGGCGAUACUCGUACUUGUGUGUGUGGUGUCACCCAUCAUCAUAGCGUUAGUCACCAACGCUGUUAAUACUAUACAGGUGUACGCAAGAAAUCUAUCGGAAAAAGCUCGUGAAUUAGAAUAUGAGAAAGAGUUGAGUGACUCAUUACUUUAUCAGAUGCUGCCCGCGAGCGUAGCGAAACAGCUGAAGCAAACACAACAGGUGCCAGCUGAGUUCUUCGCUUCAGUGACCGUUUACUUCAGUGAUAUUGUUGGAUUCACAGCAAUUGCAGCUGUGUCGACGCCAUAUCAGGUGAUAAGUUUCCUCAACUCUGUAUAUAAAUUGUUCGACGAACGUAUCGAAUGCUACGACGUGUACAAGAUAGAGACUAUUGGCGAUUCGUACAUGGUCGCUUCAGGACUGCCCGUCAGAAAUGGCAACAAACAUGCUACAGAAAUAGCGAGCAUGGCGUUAGAACUUCUAGAGGCAACGUCGAUGUGCCGCCUUCCCCAUCGCCCCGAUCAGGCCUUAUGUAUGAGGAGCGGCAUCCACACUGGGCCCUGCGUGGCUGGUAUAGUCGGUACCAAGAUGCCUAGAUACUGCCUUUUUGGAGACACUAUAAACACUGCUAGCAGGAUGGAAAGUACUGGUGAACCAAUGAAAAUCCAGAUUUCCGAAGAUGUGAAAAGAGCUUUAGAUAAAACUGGACAAUUCAUAACAACGCCCAGAGGAUUAGUUGAUGUGAAGGGCAAAGGUGAAAUGACAACGCACUGGUUAGAGGGUAGAACUGGGCCAUCCCCAGUGAGACCAACAGCAUCAACCCUCACGUAUACACCCAGCUUCCUAGCCAGGAUACACUCCCAAGGACGCUCAUCAUCACCAAGAUACCAGCCCGACUCCAAAAGAGACUUUCACUGAAUUGAAACAAGUUCACGCAAGUUUGUCUUUUCGAUCGACUUCGAAAAGGAGAUUCUCAAGUC